GCAUGCGCGUUAUUCGAAAGUAACCGCGAAAAGCAGCUCGGUCUUCGCUCGGUAGCCGCUGCACCAGUGUCGCUUUGUUUACGUUAGCUUAGCUUAGCCGGACGUUAACGUCACGUUACUUUACAUCUACGUCCUCGUCCGCUCGCCAGCAGAUACAGUAUGAAACCUGUACGAGGCUCGAACCGGCCGCCAUCGAAAGCUCCUGGUUUAAAACACAAGAGGAAGACGACGGAAGAGACGAAGAAACAACAGACAGCACAACAGACAGCACAACAACAGGACCCGGAGCUCAGGGACGAGAGCAGCCACAGACAAGCAGCACAGAAGAGGAAAGCUGAAGAUUCAUCUUCGAAUGCAAAGAAAGUCAAAGGACAAAAUAACUGGAAGCAGUUGCCACGGUCCACCAUCAUUUCUCUGGAGAACAUAAUGGACCUGUCAUUGCUAGCUGUUCUUGCUUUGAAGAGGACAGACAGGAAAGAGAGCCAGGAACAUCUGAACCUGAUGAAAACCAGGUUCCUUGCUGAGUGUGCACAGCUCACAGUUCCAGUGCACAAACAAAAAGAUUUGAAGAGUUCACAUCACCAUCACCAGGAGGAGACCAAGAGGGCUGUGGCUGGAAAGUCGAGUUUGAGCAGAGUGGAGGAAGACUUGCGGGCAGUGGUCCGUGCUCUGGAGAAUGCUGAGGAGCAGACCGUCUCUUUACAGCAGACAUGCAGUGCACUGAGAGACCAGGUGGAGGAAGAGGAGGAGAAAGCUAAAGAGAUUCUACAGAUAAGUAGACAGGGAGUUCUUAACCUUCAACCUCAUCUGCCACAAAAAGACAAAACAUCAUCAGAGACAAUGAAAAAGAUUAUAGCAGACAGUGACUCUGAAGCCACUGCACGAAGACUGGGAGAAAUUCUGCAGAAGUCUAAGGCCGUUCAGAACGCACAGGUGCUGCUUCUACACGCACACAAACACGCUGAUCGACUGUUCAGCUCCGACUGCAGCACCAUCAGUGGUUCACCUUGCUCAGAAGGAACUUAGCCAAGUCUUUCUUUACACCCGUCGGAAAACAAUUGUUUGAACAAAGUGUACAGGUGUAAGUAUUGUGUACACACACUGUUUGGAGUGUCUGAAAAUAUAACCUGGUCUCAAAGGAACUCAGUUCCACUUUUUUCAAUAAGCAAAUUCAGCUCCAACAUUACUACCAGUUAUUGUAGUGCUACUGACAGCAGUUUUGUAAACCAGAAGAUUUUGUUGAAGUUUGUGGAAGUAUGUAAAUAUGAGGGUGGAAGUGACACUUCUCUGCUUGAAAUUCAUUGAGGUGGCAGUCACACUCUGCUUCUCAUCUCCGGUUUCGUGCUUUCACCUCAGGAUUCAGUAAAUGUUGUAUUUGAAUUAACAUUUACACUAAAGAUGCAUUUGUUUGUGGUGGAAUGAAUGUUCAGAUAUCCAGCUUCAUAUUCAGCAUGCUGUAGAAAAGUAUAAACAAACAAGCCUGCAAGUGUUUGUACGAUCAGGUGUAAUAAAAUUAUACAAUUUAAUAAAA